AUGUUUCCCGCUUCAAACCAUAGUUCUGUUACUGAAUUUGUCCUACUUGGCUUCUCCAGUGACCCUACCACAAAUAGGAUCCUUUUCAUCAUCUUCCUCCUUCUCUACUUAUGCUCAGUCCUUGGCAAUGGACUCAUCAUCAUUUUGAUCUACCUGGAUUCUCGUCUCCACACACCUAUGUACUUUUUCCUCAGCAUCCUGUCCCUCCUAGACAUGGGCUAUGUCACUACCACAAUGCCUCAGAUGUUGGUACACCUACUUUCCAGUUCUAAGCUCAUUUCCUUUGCAGGUUGCUGGGUGCAAAUGUAUGUAUUUGGUGCUCUUGGUCUCACUGAGUGCAUCUUCUUUGUAGUUAUGGCCUAUGACCGUUAUGUUGCCAUCUGCUUUCCACUGCGUUACAUGCUCAUUCUCAACUGGGACCUGUGUGUGCGCUUGGUGGUAGGGACCUGGGCUUCUGGCUUUUUCUUUUCCCUAGUUCACACUAUUUUUACCAUGAACCUUCCCUUCUGUGGUCCUAAUAUGGUCAACCACUACUUCUGUGAGGGUCCCUCAGUUCGGAGCCUGUCCUGCAUGGACACACAUCUUAUUGAGAUGGUAGAUUUUGUCAUGAGCAUCUUCAUGGUGUUAGUCCCUUUGUCCCUCAUCCUGGCCUCCUAUGUCCGCAUCACUAUGGCCAUCCUAAAAAUCAAAUCCACCCAAGGAAGGUAUAAGGCUUUUUCCACUUGCGCUUCACAUCUAAUUGUGGUCACUCUGUUCUAUGCACCUGCCAUUUAUAUCUAUAUGAGGCCCAACUCCAGCUACUCCCCAGAGAGAGACAAACAGAUCUCACUUUUCUACAAUAUGUUUACUGCCCUGCUCAAUCCUGUGGUCUACAGCCUUAGGAAUAAGGAUAUAAAGGCAGCAUUCAUAAAAGUAGUAAUGAGGAACAGAGUAAUCUGGUGA